AACCUUCGAGGCCCCGCCCCCACCAAGGCUCAGGAAGGAAGGAGUACCGUGCGUUCGCCAGUAAGCACCUUUGUCUUCUAGGUCUGACCUAUUUGGCCGACUUUCUGUUCCUUGAAACGGAACUCAGGCUCUGACUUAGAGGUCGGCCUCCACAACCUCAGCCGGACCCUCCUUCCCUUCUGGUCAACGUGGAAUGUUCUGGAAUGUACCAAGAGGCAGCCACAGGGGGAAACCGUCGUUUAUUCGUUUGUCAGCACCAUCUUACCUGCGAUUGGAACGUUCAGGAAGGUGCCAACGGGCGGCCACAGGAGGCGCUGUCGUUUAAUAUCCUGCACUCCGCCUCUGAGUAAGACGUUCCGGAAAGCGGCAAUGGGGAGACACGGGCCAGGUGUUCGUUUCUCGCGUCUUCCCCUGACGGGCCGUGGUGGAGCAUCCCGGAAGGUACCAAUGGACAGACACCGGCGGGGGAGCUCCGCAACUAGAGUGUCUCCCCUGGCGCCCGAUGGAACAUUCCGGAAGGUACCAAUGGGGUUCAUUUGUCGCGUCUCCAGCCGCAGUGUCUCCCCCUGGUGGACCGAAGUGGAACAGUCCGAAAUGUGCCUCCCCGCUCCUGCCGCGCGCGCUGUGAUUUCGUAGCGCGUCUCCACUGACGUCAGCUGGAUGGCGAGGAGUCCGUCGCGUCUUCCUGUGCGCCACUUCCGAUCCCUUCCGGCCCCGGUGUAUUCCAAAUCUAAACCCUUGCCUGCCCGGAGUGUGUGCACCGCCAGGGGGUGCGCGGCCUUCGCCCUGAGCCCUGGACCCCGCCCCCGCGGUGUGAGGUAGCGUGGGGACCCGGCAGUGUGACCGGCCCCGCGCCCCGUGAGACCGGCUCGAUUCCCCACGCCCGCGGCCGCCCCUGCGCGCCUACCGCAGUGCCCUGGGCGUGGGAGGGAGGCGGCGUAUGAACGCGAGUGACAGUCCUCAGCACCGAGCCGAGUCGGGGAUCGUUAGUUUUCGCCCGAGGCCAGGUGGCCCCGCGUCCUCGCGGCUGCCCGGGCCACUCUUAAGGACCGUCGUUUUCGCGGGCUCGGCGGAUCUCGCGGGGCCGGGCGCACAGCCUCUGCUUCCACACUCUGCUGGAGAUAGGCACGUUGUGGGCUACAUUCAUGCAGACCCGGACUGCUGCCUCCUUCCUCAGCUGUGACUCUGUAUCUGAGCAGUUGUCGUGGUCCAUGCUGUCCAUCCUUGAGAAAAGCUUGCAAGUGGUCUCAGCAUGUCAUCUUCCACAAAAUCCCAAGCACUGGAGGAGUCUGUGCCUGGCUGCGAAGAGGAGCUAAAAGGAAAACCGCUCCUCACCUGGGGCUCUCUUUUCAGUCACCGAAGCGAGAAGAUUGUCUUUACCAAAGGUGAGAGCAGCUCGGAGGAGAGCCUGCUCACUGUCACCAUCACGGAGACUACCGUCAUUGAGUCGGACCUGGGUGUGUGGAGUUCAAGGGCACUCAUCUACCUCACGCUGUGGUUCUUCUUCAGCUUCUGCACACUCUUCCUCAACAAGUAUAUCCUGUCCCUGUUGGAGGGCGAGCCCAGCAUGCUAGGUGCCGUGCAGAUGCUGUCAACCACGUUAAUUGGAUGUGUUAAGAUAUUUGUUCCUUGCUGUUUAUAUCAGCACAAAGCCCGGCUCUCCUAUCCACCCAAUUUCAUCAUGACUAUGCUCUUUGUGGGCCUCAUGAGGUUUGCAACAGUGGUUUUGGGGCUGGUCAGCUUGAAGAAUGUGGCCGUUUCCUUUGCUGAGACGGUGAAGAGCUCGGCUCCCAUUUUCACUGUGAUCAUGUCUCGGAUGAUUCUGGGGGAGUACACAGGGCUGCUGGUCAGUCUAUCCCUUAUCCCUGUCAUGGGAGGGCUAGCACUGUGCACUGCUACCGAGAUAAGCUUCAACGUCCUGGGGUUUUCGGCUGCAUUAUCCACCAACAUCAUGGAUUGUUUGCAGAAUGUUUUUUCAAAAAAGCUGCUCAGCGGGGACAAAUACAGGUUCUCAGCUCCAGAGCUGCAAUUCUACACUAGUGCUGCUGCCGUGGCCUUGCUGAUUCCAGCCUGGACUUUCUUCAUGGACAUCCCUGUCAUUGGGUGGAGUGGGAAGAGCUUCAGCUACAGCCAGGACAUCGUGCUGCUACUGCUGACUGAUGGUGCCCUGUUUCACCUUCAGAGUGUCACUGCAUACGCCCUCAUGGGAAAGAUCUCCCCAGUGACUUUCAGCGUUGCCAGUACAGUGAAGCACGCCUUGUCUAUCUGGCUCAGCAUCAUCGUUUUUGGCAACAAAAUCACCAGCCUGUCUGCCAUUGGCACCAUCCUUGUGAUAAUGGGUGUCUUGCUCUACAACAAAGCCAGGCAGUACCAGCAGGAGACCAUGCAGAGCCUGGCCACAGCCACCCAUCGGGGCCCAGAGGACGACACAGAGCCACUGGUUCCCCUGGACUCCAGACAGCACCACUGAGCAUAGGAGGCCUCUGGACAUCGCUUAGCUCCUUUCUGAUGCUGUGUCCCUUGGAGACCAGGCCUAGACUGCAUUCUGCACUACAUGCUGGGCUAAGGAGGCAGACUCUGCAGGCUUGGUCUUCUGCUCCUCACUGGAAGUCAGAUGUGGGAAUCAGGGAUCAGUUUCUGCCUGACAGAACCCUGCAGGAAGGAGUGGAUGGCCUGUUGCUCCCCUGGCCCACCGUCCAGGCUGCAGCUGGGCCAACAGCUCUGUGGAGCCCACUGUGGAUAAAUGCAGGCUCCAGUGCAAUGUGAGCUGUUCUCUGCCUGGUGCCAGCUAGGAGACCACAGGUAUUGAAGCCACCUGGUCUCUGGUCAUCCAUGGAGACUAACCACAGUGGCCAUGCUGCUGUGUUGAAACAGAAGUCCCAGGUGCCAGUGCCCCCUUUAUGGACCCCCCAACCACCCUCAGAAACCAGAAUGGUUUACAGGUGUGGAAACAAGUCUCCUGCCCCUGAGGGAGGGUGCUUGUGUGAAGGAGAGGAUUCCCCUGGCUUGUGUUGCACUGAGCCGCCCUUCCUUCAGGGUGCUGUUCCAUGUGAUGCUAAGAAUGUGAUUUCCACACCCUAGAGGGUGAUUGCGGACAACUGGCAAAGGUGCCCUGGAAUGCUUUUCCGUCUUGGGUCUGGAUGAAUGUGAGGCAGGCUGUUCUGAAUGGCAAGAUUUCCUUGGGGAUGGAUGACUGGGGAGGUCUGGCAGAGCAUGUUUGCAGUUUAUGCUGCAUUUAAAGUGACACUGCUUUGUAGCAGAGCAGGCACCCGUACAGGUUUCUGGAGUGUCUGCAUGCAAGGUAGAACACAGUCUACAUCCACAGCUGACUCCCCAGGGACCAUUUGUGACAGCACCUGGACCAUCAAGUGCCCAGAGUCUGUCCUUCCAUGCUAGGGUCCAGAGCGAGAGAGCCUGAGCAGUGGAGGAGCACAGCGGGGGCUUGGGUACAAGGGGCUGAGGCUCUCUACCUUGUUCCUAAUUUUGUGGGUUCCGAUGUGGGUACAAUCCCUGUCCAGGCAGUUUUCAAGACCCUUUGUGAUGGCAGCAGGGGCACUACCUGCCCCAAAUCUCCCUUCCCCUCCCUGCUCUUUAGUGCCCAUGGUGGUUCACUGGUUUCCCAUUUGGCUUCUUGCCUGGGGAUAUGAAAAUAGCCCCUUCAGGAGUAGGUUUAGGUAAAAAGAGCAAUAAUUAUGUCUUAAGUUCUACCGACUUGAAAAAAAUCUGCCAUGGUGAUGGAUCUUCACCACCACUGUGAAGAUGUUUUCUUAUGUGGCACUGGCAAAGGUGCCCUGGAAUGCUUUUCCUUCCUCUUCGCUUUCUCCAAAACUAAAGGCCAGUGGAGGCCAGGUGGUAGAUGUGGUAUUCAUCUGUGCAGUGGACCUGUCCACUGAGUAACAUGGUGGUGGGGGGCGGCGAGCUGCUGACCCAGGGAGAAUGGCACAUGCCAGCCCGCAUUGGUUGCAGGAGUCUUCUCCCAGACCUUGUCUGAGUGUGCUCGGAGCGCCAGGUGCCUGGUUUCUGCCUAUUGUUUGGAAUUUCUGGCUCUGGGUCUCUUGUGGAAUUAGGAAGUGGCCCUUCAUGAUUAGCUCAGCCCCGCCUGCCUCACCAGUCUCUCAGCCUGUUUUGAUUUUCUAAUUUUGGGGACCAGAAACAGAAACAAAUAUUUUCCUAAAUAAUAGCAAGUUAAGCAAUUUCUUGUAAAGCUGCUUUUGAGACCUGUUCUCAUCCUAGGCAGAAAUGUCUUGGAACUUGUGCUGGGGCCAGCACACAACCCCAGCCAGCUUAGCAUUCCUUCUACAUAGUUGCUACCCACAACCGCUUCACCCAGCAUUCCCGGGACAGCCCACAUCCAGAGUCCUAGAAUGGCCCUGCCUGGCCAUUUGUUAAGAUCAUACAAUCACAAUGUUGUUUUUUUUAUUAACUUUGUCCAGUACUUUUACAGAAUAUUCUGUUCUUAAUGACACUGAAGUGCAUGCAGAAUUAUUGACACCAGGUGUCAUUACUCCUCUUGGGUUAAUUCUUCCUUCGUCUAUGUUGUCUGUGCUGUUGUAUACAAACAAGAACACUGGACAGACCUUUUGAGCCAGCUGUACUUACUUACUGUACCCAUAGUCAGAGAUACACAACUUCCUCAUUUCAAAAACACUUUCAGGGGCUGGAAAGAUGGCUCAGUGGUUAAGAUCUCAUACUGCUCUUGCAGAGGACCCAACUUUGAUUGCCAGCAUCCAUGUCUAGUGGCUCACAACUGCCUGGAACUCCAACUCCAGGAAUU